AAAUCGCCCCAACUCAUUGAAGGACUCCUCUUUUCUGCGUUUCCAUUUAUCCAGGCUAAGUGGAAAUCUUUGAACGUAUCUGAGCGAGAAAAGGAUUUCUGGAUAACUUUCCAUGUCAAAUAUCUCACAAAUUCAGCCUACAGUCCCUCCUCCUGUUCAAACAACAUCAUCUGAGCCGGGGGAGAAGGAUGCCGACUUUCUCGUUCUUCGUCAAUUGAACAAGCGCGCUCGUGUUCGCCUUUCCCAAGAACCCAUAAACCUUUCACCCAUCCCAGGCAGGGCCUCCUUAUUCGCGGUCGCAAACUCUCGAGGAUGGUUUGCAGCAGUGUCACGAGAUUCCAAUUCUGGGGCAACCCUCGUGCUGUCGCCACUUAGCGAUCUCCGUUCAGCGUUUGCCACCGUCAGCGAGACAAAUGACCGACCGUAUCAACCUCAAAGGAAGGUUUCCCUGGGCGCUACCACUCCAAAUAUUAUUGUAUUUGCAAGCAAUGAUUCCAGACUCGUCGUCGGGCUUGCCGAGGGGUCUAUUAUGGUUUACGCCACAGAACACCUAUUCUCCCCUGGAGAUGGUUCCGUCAAUCCCAUUUACUCACUUCCUGCUGCCCCUUCAGCUUUCAUUGUUUCAAUAUCUCCGAAUCCAGGAGAUCUUCCGGACCUUGUGGCUAUCUUACGAGAAUCUCAAGGUGGCUCAAACGCAUUGGCAGUAGAGCUUCUUGACCUCCAGAACCUUGCAUCUGUGGGAGGUUGGGUAGCAGGGAGCUUACCAAAUACCAUUCCCGCAUCAAUAUCCUGGUCCCCCAAGGGCAAACAGCUUGCGCUGGGUAUGAGAAACGGUUCCAUCGUCACAUACGCGCCCACCUCUACCUCCACUCCCAAAUCCAGCAUACCAAGCCCACCCUCGGCCUCUAAUGCCUGUGUUAUAUCAACGACUUGGCUAUCCGCUUCGUCUUUCCACGCGAUCUACGCACAGCUGCCUCUUAAUCCAGAAAUCGAACAAACACAUUUCCACGUCUCCCUUGAUGCCAAAACGAAUUCUGCACAAGACUUGAAAUUCUCCUCUCCGUAUUUCCCUUCGCCCGGGCUGCGACCGCCUGGUGCAUUCAUCGUGUGUUUGCGUGGGUGGGAUCCCGCCAAGAUAUUGUUAUUUGUGGGAGACAGUACAUCGUCAGACAUCGGGGUGGUUGGAUGUGUAGGAGAAAGUUGGUCGAAUCUGUCACUUGAGGAAACAUCGACGCCAAGCCUCCCGCUGGACAAGGACAUGAACGACACCGUUCUCGUUGGCCUGGAGCUUGAUCUAACUAGCUCUGAGCCGUUCCACCACACGAGCGCGUCCGGGGAGGGUGUCCAGCUACCACCUUCACCUGUCAUGUACGCGUAUGCAUCGGAUGGCACAGUAGCAGGUUGGCAUGUCCUCAACACCAAGGGAACACCUUACCCGGGUAUGGUAACGCAGUCCUCGGGAGCGAUGAUGGAGAGCGCUCAGACACUGUCAGCUGUGCCAACAGCCAUAAUGCGGGAGCCGUCCAACGAUAUGCACGCGUCCCCUAUAGAACCCACUCCACCUACCCCUGCCAGCGCGUCACCUUUCGCCCAGACAGCCCCUGGUUUUAGUCAGGCGUCUGUGUUCGGGAAACAGCCUUCAUUUGGACAGACAUCUUUCGGUCAACAGCUGGGGUCUCCCUUUGGCCAGACACCAACAACGAACGCUUUCGGCCAGUCUGCGUUCGGACAGACGUCGCCAACCUCAGCAUUCGCUCAGCCCUCUUUCGGUCAGUCAUCGUUUGGCCAGUCGUCAUUCGGACAACCUGCACCUACAUUUGGGUCUGCUGCCCCAUCAGCCUCACCGUUUGCCCAAGCUGGUAAGUCUGCUUUCGACAAUGCGCCUAAUUCGGGAGGCUUUGGGGCUUUUGGCGCUGCUGGACCCUCGAAGUUCGGACAGACAGAAUUUGAGUUUGGAGGAACACAAACUGCUGCGCCUUCGCAGAGUGCACCAGCAUCGGCUCCUGUAGAAGAUAGUAUGGCCGCAGAUGAAACACCCGGCUUUGUUGGGCUCUCACUCGGCGGUGGUAACCCUGCCCCUCAGAGUGCUGAUUCAAGGCCCUCCAUUUUUGGGAGCGUAGCUACAACUCAACCUUCUUCUACAAGUGAUUCUUCUGGAGGUGGAGUAAUCAAGCCCGGAACUGGCUUUGGAGCUUUUGGUAACGGAGGACAGCAAAAGAGUGCAUUCAGUGCAUUCAGUGGUGCGUCGACUACAUCGGCAUUUGGAGGCGGAGCCCCAGCAACUACCACAGCGUUUGGAUCUACUACUUCACCUACUUCUGCAUUCGGGAAGAGCGGAUUUGGAGUUACAACUGACUCUAGCUUUGGGAAGAGUGGAUUUGGACAGUCUGGGUUCGGACAAUCCAGCUUUGGAACAUCGACUUUUGGCAAAUCAGGCUUUGGAUCAGCUACCACUGCUGCACCAACACCAACACCGACAUCCGGAGGCUUCGCCGCAUUUGCGACAGGUACCCCAAGUGCAUUCGGAAUUACUACUUCCAAUGCAGGUGCUCAGAAGUCUGUCUGGGCGAGUGCAACCAAUGCUACGAAACCCGAUGCACCAAAGCCUGCCCAGGGAAUUAACGUACCACGCGAAACAUCUGUGCCACGCGAUGACAGUCGGUCUCCUUCCCCUGUCGCGCAGAGGGGUGAUGAGGUUGAGUCCGGAUUCAAGAGCUCUGCGCCAGCUCCAACGACAGGUGCCUUCAGCGGUUUAAAGCCAUCUCCAUCCCCAUUCUCGCUGAAACCCUCCUCUGGGUUCGGAUUGGGAGAACCAGCGAAAGACUCUCCGUUUUACAGGCCGGCGGCGCAGCCACCUGUCUCUGCAUUUGCUCUGGCAGCAAGUACCCCUUCGACACCGCCAAAACCUACUACCGGGGCUCCUGCUUUCGGUCAAUCAUCAAUGCCUGGAGCUGUUACGAAGAGUCCCUUUGGGACCAUGACGCCCAGUCCCUCAGCUCCUGCAUUCGGUGCCUCCUCCAUGCUAGGAGGGGCAUUCAAGAGCCCAUCUAGCCCACCUCAAUCAGCAUUCUCGACACCUUCGACGGGUGGGUUCAGUGCCUUCGCAUCAGGUGCAGGUGCAGGUUUUAGCGCGUUUGCUGGUGCACCGAAGUCAUUUGGCGAAUUGCUGAAGAGCACUGGUGACGAGCCGAAGGGGCCUGCAAAGGAAACCCCGAAGACAGAAUCUGUCAAUGUGUUUGUUGCGCACAUCGCCGAGCCUGAGACGCCUGCCAAAGAGGUUACGAAUGCCAAGGUGGAAGAGCCGCUUACGCCUACUACGCCGGUCGCAAAGGUGGAGGUUAUAAAGGAAGAGGAAACUCCAACGAGAACGACCACUCCGCCGCUUCCGGCGGUCCAGGAGAAAGUGCAGGAGGUGAAAGGCAAGGAGGUGGCUGCUUUGCCUCACGAACCUUCCUUAGAAUCUAUCUCAUCAUCGACAGCCUCAUCCUUCGUUGAUGUUUCUGCUGAAGAUGCGGUUGAGGGUGCUGAGGAAUCGACUGUUGAAGACUCUGAUGAGGACGGAGAGCUUGAGGACGACACGAAGUCAUUUAUUUCGGACGAUGAAUCGGAAGAGUCGGAUGAUUCUGAAUUGCCAGACGAGGAUGACGAGGAAGAGGAGGAGGAACUAGAAGAACAGGAGGAGCUGGAGGAGCUGGAGGAAGAGCGGGAAGAGCAGGUGAAACAGAAGGAGGAGCAGGGAGAAGAGCCAAAAGAGGGUGAUAAACAGAAGGAAGAGCGGGAAGAGCAGACCCAAAAAGGGGAGUCUGAGCCAACAGUGGUUCCUCCUUCCAACCCAUCGCCUGCUGCCAGGUCACGAUCAACAACUCCAAAAGCGGAGUUACCAACCAUCACAUUGUCAACUUCCCCUUCCCCCCCGCCUCGAAAGAUUUCCCCAGUUCGGGACCAGAGUACUACACCUCCUGGAUCUCCCGUACCCGAGCCUCAACAUGCCACUUCUCCUGUGGCUUCGCCUCUUCCAAAGCCUCCUGCCUCCUCCCCAUUCGCAAUAACUCCUAGGACAGGCACUCGACCGGCCAAAAGCUCACCUCUUGCAAGUACCUCCUUCACUGGAGACGUGGAAGCUCCCAGUUUGCUACCCCAAGCGCCAAAAUCAGCACCUCCGACCAUGGUACCGCAUCCUGCCUCACCGAGGCAGCAAUUCGGCUCGUGGGUACCACCAGUGAAGCAAGACGUGGAGUCAGAUUCUUCCCGGCCCAAAACGCCUCCAGUUCUUUUCGGCAAGAGUGCGAGCGCGCCAGCAAUCACGGCGCUGCCUAUGCCGCCAGCGUUUACAUUACCUCCAAAGCCCCUGCUAACUGCUACACCGCCUACACCGUCUGGCAUUUUCAAUGCUUCAGCUGCUGCACCGUCUAGCAUCUUCGGCGCUCCGGCCACUGCAUCGUCUAGCAUCUUCGGUGCUCCGGCCACUCCACCGCCUAGCAUCUUCGGCGCCCCAGCCACUGCAUCGUCUAGCAUCUUCGGCGCUCCAGCCACCGCAUCAUCUAGUAUCUUCGGCGCUCCAGCUCCAGCUCAGUCUCGGACUCCAACUCCACCAGUCUUCACGCCCCCUCCUGCGGGUUUCUUUGGUUUUCCAAAGCCAAGCGAGAGUCCCAGUCCUGCAUCUCCCAGUAUGUUCGCUUCAAGCCACCUGUGGCUGUACCCGCUGUACCCAUGUCUUUGUCUCCUGGCCCGCUGCCACCUGUAGUGCCCCUUCCUUCUAUAUCUCCACCAGUUCCGCCUAUCGAACAAGGCAUGCAGUCGGAGUGCUCGUUUAUGGUCUCACGUCUAACUUGGGAACUCGACAAUCUUAAAACUAUGGCAGCGCGUGCAACGCAGCAAGCCGCCAAGCUCACGUCAAAGAAGACACCAGGACAAUCUCACGUGAAAGCUGACCUUGUGGAUGCAACGAAAUGGGCGCCUGGAGAC